UGACGGCCAACCACCUAGCGUCGAAAUGGCAUCGGACGACGACUACGAAGACGGCGAGAUCAUGGAGGAGGGCGAGGAGGUGGAGCAAUCCUCUCCUCCCGCGGAACCUUCUGCCUCUGAUACUGCUACCCCUUCUGUCGUAUCAAGUGCUAUUCAGGCGCCUGUAGAGUCCCCAUCCGCGCUGCUCCCCACACCCAGUCAUCGAAACCCUCGCAAGCGUCUGCACUCAUCUCUACAAGACACCAGACCCACCGAGUCUGCCUCAAUAUACGAUGCACGUCCACCGCUGUCUCACCGUCAACCGACGCGCUACAACAGCAACAGCGGCAAUGGCUACAGCGACCGCAGACGCGAUGCAUCACCACACGAACACCAGGACGACCGCGCGUACGCCGAAGACUUGAUCGUCAAAUAUCCAAGACAGCAGCCACGCAGCAACGUAUUACUGGACUUUGCCGCGUGGAUGGGCGCAGCUCGCAGCAGGAAACGCCUGGACGUCGAGGACGUACAGAAGCUCGUACUUAAUGUACUCCGUGGCGGCAGCAGGAAGAAGGAAGGCAUGUGUUGCAGAAAUACCGGGCGAAGUUGAGCUUCUUUGAUGGCUGCUCUAGUGUUCCAGUGAUGCUAACGAAGCAGGAGCUCAACCAGAUCAGGAGAUCAGAAGCGUCACUGUCAGAGUUGAUGUAUAAGUUCCCAAGACCGACGGUGGAUACCCACGAAUUGUCGACGGAUGAGCUGUUCUACGCCCAUGAACUGACGUUCUUAAUGAAGCACUCGGCUGGCUUUACGGAUGAAUUGGUGUUUACCCCGGCUGGGAAAUUUACACGCAAGAGUCAGCCUCUUGGAGGCACAUGGGAGCUAGACGGGGACUUGCUGCAUCUCAAGUGGAGACAGCGAACGACCAAAGCUGCUUCUGCAGUGGAUGAGACUCCCACAGAUCAGGACGUUACUAUGGAAGAGGAAGAGAACGAUGCGUACACGUUGGAUGUGCUAGUCAGUCAAGAUGGAAGCAUGCACGAGUUUAGGACGGAUCCAGUGACGGACGAGACCUACGCGCAUAAGGUACCUGAGCAUUUGGCCAAGAAACGCCGAGGUGACGACAAGCCGCGGUCUAUCUGGCUGUCGCUUGCUAAAGCGAUUGCUGUAGACGUGCCUCGCUCCGCCGAUGGGUCGCUUAUUCUGCAAGAGAAACAAGUAAAUGACUUGUCAAAACAGCAGGAUACUGAGGCGAAUGGCAAGGAUGAGAAAGAGGACGAGCCUUUGACACGAGAAGCAUUCGAGUAUUAUUUACUUACGCUUGAAGAUUUGAAGCAACAUGGAUUUCCGACGGAUGUAGAAGAGGAACAGCGCAAAUUAUUAGAAGAAACGGAUGGGAACACUCGCGACAGAUACGUGGCAACGCAGCCUCGACCGACAAUUACAGUGGAAGAGUCUGGCUCUGCUUCAGAUGACGAAGAAGGAGCAGCAAUGGAAACGGAUGAAACAUUAGCGAGCGCGUCUUCAACUGACGAGUUCAUCUAUGCUCUGGACUGUGAGAUGUGCGAGACGGAUAUCGGCAUGGAACUUACGCGCGUGACGGUCGUAAACAUUAAAGGUGACGUCGUGUACGACCAGCUAGUGAAGCCGCAGAGCACUAUCAUUAACUACCACACGGAGUUCAGCGGCAUCUCCGAGGAGACUCUGCGGGAUACGAAAUACAUUCUGGCGGACGUGCAGCGAGACUUGAUAACGCGGUUUCUCUUUAAGGACACGAUUCUGGUGGGUCACUCGUUGACGAGUGAUCUACGUGCUCUUCGCUUAGUGCAUCCUACAAUUGAAGACACGGCCAUCCUGUACCCUCAUCAACGAGGUUUCCCCUUCCGCACAUCGCUCAAGUAUCUGACCAAGACGUAUCUAAAGAAGGAUAUCCAGAUCCAGACCCAAAAUGGACACGACUCAGCUGAGGACGCCAUUGCAUCGUUAGAGCUGCUAUUGCUGAAGGUUCGUCAAGGACCUUGGUUCGGUAUCCCUGAGUCAGUCUCCACGAGUGGAGCUUUCGAUUCUAUUGUCGAUAAAACCUUUGCUUUAGAAAAGAAAAUGACGAUGCUGCGUCUACAGAGCAAUGGAGACUCUACCAAAGCAUCGGUAGUGGAGCGAAAGCCGUGGGAUCUAUACGCAAGUGGUGAUCUGAAGGCUCAAGCACAAAGCCCGUUCCGCCAUGCCCAAGCAGUGAAGGCAAAAGCCGAAGCCAACUCUUCAACUACCUCAAACGCAGCUUCGGCAAACGCUAUCUUGAAGGUGGAAAGCUGCUUGUCGUGGGAGACGUUGAAGACGAGUCUUCAGGCUGCCUUGAGUGACCAGUCAAGUGAAACAACGCAGCCAGAUCUGUGCUGGGUGGAGAUCGAGCCUCCUAGUGCGAGCGCAGCGCUUUGCAACGACUUCGUAGGCAAGCACGAGCUGUGGAUGGCAGAGCAGCAAGCGUACUGCGAACAAGUGGACGCUUUUCUGCAACAACUUCGUGAUGAGGAGCUACCGAAGGGUACACUACUGCUGGCACUUCCUCAAGGCGAUCUGAGCUUGUUGCGAUAUCUCAAGGGACUGCGGACACGCUCCAAGUGGCGUGACGCCACCCCUACGAGUGAUGACCUGGCGCCUGAAGCGCUACACGCCGCGGUGGGUGAUGCGUUCCGUGGUGCAAUGGACAGCUGCCUGUUCCUUAUGCAUAAAUGAUAGAUAUGUCGAUCGACGAUAGACAAGACUAGGUAAAGCAAUGCUAGGAUGGUUCUAACAAAAUCAAAGCAUUGGUGCUUCGAGCUUACUUGUAGUGAC